GGACAAGCCGAAGGACGGACAGGAGCGUGACCCAAUGGGCGGCUGCUUCUUCUGGGCUCUCUCUGAGGCGAGCCAAUCAGAGGGCGCGCUUCGGGUCCCGGGCCGUCGGAAGCCGGGGGCUGCCCCCUGCAAGGGCCGCUGCCACGUCUGCGGGACGGGCGAGCGGGGUCGCGCACCGGCCCUGGCCGCCGCCUCCCGGGCGAGGGGUGCGGGAUGGCGGCUCCGCGGCGCUGAGGCGACCCCCCCUGGCUGCGGAGCGGCUAUGGCGGCGCUGCUGCGGGCCGCCCUGCUGGCCGCGGCGCUGGGCUGCGCGGCCGCGGCGCUGAUCCCCGCGGCGGACGUGAAGGUGGAGGUGCUGCAGAAGCCGUUCAUCUGCCACAGGAGGACCAAGUGGGGGGACAUGAUGCUGGUUCACUACGAGGGCUACUUGGAGAGGGAUGGCUCCAUGUUUCACUCCACUCACAAGCAUAACAAUGGUCAACCUAUGUGGUUUACACUUGGCAUAAGGGAAGCUAUCAAAGGCUGGGACAAAGGUUUGAAGGACAUGUGUGUGGGAGAGAAGCGAAAGCUAACUAUUCCACCAGCCCUUGCUUAUGGAAAAGAAGGGAAAGGAAAAAUUCCACCUGAGAGUACACUGAUUUUCAACAUUGACCUUCUAGAAAUUAGGAAUGGACCAAGAUCUCAUGAGUCAUUCCAAGAGAUGGAUCUUAAUGAUGACUGGAAACUGUCCAAGCAGGAGGUGAAAAUUUACUUGAAGAAAGAAUUUGAAAGGCAUGGAGCAGUGGUCAAUGACACCCAGCAUGAUGCAUUGGUUGAAGACAUAUUUGAUAAAGAAGAUGAAGACAGUGAUGGGUUUAUAUCUGCAAGGGAAUUCACAUACAAGCAUGAUGAGCUGUAGAAAAGGGUGGCAUAAUUUUUUUGACACAAAUGGCAGUGACUCAGACUGUCUGGUUCUCUUGUCAACUUAAUUCUGUGUUUUGGAGUUGACAGCUGCUGCCAGCAAAGAAACACUCUUUGUUUAUAUAAAAAAAUUUCUGUUCAUUAUGUACAAAUGUUUUAAACUAUUUUAAAGUAUGGAAAUGUACCUCCUUUUAUGCAGCAAAGACUUGCACAUCAGUGUUUUUUUAAAUUUUGUAUUAACUUAUUUUUCAGAAAUGAAACAAAAUUUCCUCUUACCAAACAUUGUGAAAAUCAAAAUCCAGUUCAGUGCCUUUCUGUGAUUUGUUUGUGUGUUUAAGAUCACUUUCAGCGACUCCUUUAUGUAUGACUUCUAGUCUGUGGCUAAAUUACUUGCCCUUCCUUCUUGUGUGUCACUGCUUAAAAAGCAGUGUGCUGACCUUGCUUUUUUCCUGCAGAUUUUAAAAAGAUGUACUAGAAAGGCAUCAGCAUCUCUUUAUACAGCUGAGAAACUGAUACAGAGAUGAAUGACUACCCUGUCCUGAUUUUGCUCUUGAAAGUCUGUUUGAAGGUAAAGUGUUAGCAACAAUCCCAAUAAUUGUCUGCAUUUUUCUUUAAAUUACAUGAACAAAAUAGGAGUUAAAUGUCAGACUUUUAAUGCAGCAAGGUUCUAGGAAAUGUCUGUAGUUUGGAAAAUAGCAAAUUAUGCUGCAGUGCAGAGGUGAUCCUUUACAUUUGUUUUGAAACUCGGAGCUUGCAUUCAUGAAGAAAGAUCACACCUUUCCCUUCUCAAGUUUUGAGGGAGAUCUUGAGCACAGUGUUACAAGUCUGAAGUUUUUCCCAUAUCCAGAAGGGGAAGAGCAUACUGACAGGAGGAUCAGUAUGGCCUGAAGAACAAUGGAUUGAAGAACAAUCCGCAUUGGCUUGCCUGCUUUGUGACUGCCUGAGUUGCAGAACUUGUUUCAUCAUUGCCCUUUGCAGUAUUUGCACAAGUAGCACACAAGUGAUGUGAAUUUUAAGUAAUAAAGUGACUUUUUUAGAAAAAUAGAGGCAUGAGGUAAAUGUUAGUGCUGUGUUUUUAUGAAGGAGGAGACCAUGAGGAUUUCACCUCCAUUUUGCAUGUGUUUGAACUGUUUCUGGAGAGGAAGAAGCAUUUUGCAAUUUCCUAUGGUUUCUUAAAUGAGAGGGCAGGGUAUAUCAGGGAAGGAAUUAGCCUCUAUUCUGGCACCACUAACACAUGGGUCUACUGAACACCUUCCACUAGACCAUGUUGCUCAAAGUCCCAUCCAACCCGGCCUUGAACACUGCUAGGCAUGGGCAGCUACAGCUUCUCUGGGCAACCUGUGCCAGUGCCUCACCACCCUCACAGGGAAGAAUUGCCAAGUGAGACUCUACAUUGAAAUGCUGCAGAUGAGGUAGAUAUUUUCCCUGCCACCUAGUGUUGCAAGUAAGUAUUAGAAGACUACCUUGUUGAACAGAGUUUGGCUGCAUAUGGACCUUACAGGUUACUGUUUGUUUUGGCAGAAAAAAUGUGUUAAGGCAUGCAAUAGUGGGGGGUUUUGUUUUGCAUUUUUUUUCCUUCAAGCAUCUGGUAUUCUGUGGCUGAUGGCCUAACUGGAAUUGUGGCCGCCUGUUUUGUUUUCAGUAACCUUUAGGUCUCUUUCCUCAAUGCCAUCUAGUUUUCUUGAAUGUUCUAUGGCAGUGAUUUUUCACAGUAGAAUAGUGCAGGAAAAUACUUCCCUUUGUUUUUUAGGCUUGUUGCCAAUCCUGAUUCUUGUAUUGUGAGGGAAUAAUGAAUAAUAUAGCUCUUUGUGCCA